ACAGACUGCAGCAUAACACGAAUAAGGACUAUCGCUUAUUAAUAUCCACAUUUUAGCAGGACCAUGGGGGGCCAUGAUGCUGGGAGCCAACACCAGUUCACAGGCAUUGCGAAAUAUUUUAAUUCAUACACCAUUACAGAAGGAAGGAAUUGUGUUCUGGCCACUUACGCUGGCAUUGCUGUCAUUUUUCUGUACUUCAAACUGAAACCUAAGAAAAAGAAGGCAGUUGCUGCAAAGUGAUCAUGAAAAUUAUUUGUGAGUAGCCAAAUACAAUUACACACACAUACAUAUAAUUACAAAUUAUAUAUACAUAC